AAUAACAAAUAUUCCAUGUAUGUUUUCCAGGUUUCCAUUCAGAUGUAACGCACAUCAUCCUGGAUCGACCUUGUCCUUGAAUGUUCAAGAAGAGGAUUGGAUAAGGUAAGCCCUAGCCUUGAGUCGUUGCAGAGAAUGGCUCACGGGUGGGAUUCAUACUUCCCUAACCUUCCACCUUUAUCAUCGGAUCCAAGGACUUUGACCAGGACAUCAGAGUCAGAGGGAAGUCUUUCCCACCAUAUAGAGAACUUCAUUGGACAUCAUGACUUUUCCAACACAGCAGCUUCACCUGAAGUCUCUGCAACAAACUCAAACUUUGACACAAACUAUUACUCAAAUCCUAGUACUGGAAAUUCCAGCUCAGACUGUGUUUAUCAAAAAUACUAUAGGGAAACACCAUGGCAAUCUGAUGGAGAACAAACCGUAAAGGACUACCUGCCAAGGUGUGGAAAUAGUGAUAUCUCAGAUUUUGCCAGAGAUGGAUUAACGUCAUCAGGACCUUUUCCUUCAUCUCUUGCAACAGAUUUACAAGGACUUAAGCAGGAUUGUAGAAUGUUAGCUACAUCAUUUCUUGAGGGCUACUCAGAUGUCAGUAGCUGCUCGGAUGCAGAUGUCGUUGAAACAAGGCCCUCUUGUAAAUACAUGACAAGUAAUCCAGUUCCAAAGCCUAAAACAGAUGUUACAACAAAACACAGUUCAUCAGAAUGGCUUUUUACUCAUACUGGAAAUAUGACAUUUCAGACUGAGACUAAUGUGAUUUCACCAAGUUCAUCAAAUGUGAAGGCAAGAGAUAAUGUAGUUGAAUGUGCAAAGGUUGAGAUGAAAAGUCCACGGAAAACUGUCAAAUCUUGCAUAGGACACAAUCAGUCUUCCACCACUUUUAACAUGGUGCCAACUACAGAGAUUGAGACUAGUAAUGCUAGUAAUGACAGUUAUCAGGAUCUGGAACAAAGUGAGGAUGUGAAGAGAGAUCUCACUCAUGGAAAAUAUUCAGACAUAUCAAUAAGUGGCUUGACUGGUGAUGGCCUAGAGGAGCACCCAGAUGAUAAUAAGGGGCAGACUACUGUGACUGUUCCUAUGACAUUUGACAAUGAGCAAUUUCGCUUGGAUGGAAAAGUCCUACGUAAGGAAAUUAAUGAAUCAUUCAAACAAGAAUAUGAGGUUUUUGAUCAUUCCAACUCCACAGAUCUGAGAGGGGAUUAUCAGGACAAAAGUGAGGUCCUAAAAGUUGGAAAUGAGACUUUAGAUGAGCAGAAAACCCCAAAGCCUAAUACAGGUGGUCAAGAUGAAAAUAUGGAAAAAGACUGUCAAGAGAAAGAAAUUCAAUCAAAUACCCAUUCAACUUCAGAUCCACUGGAUAUCAAGGGAUCCGAUUCUAAAGAUGCUAUUUGUGAGCUGAGGGAAUGCGCAAAUACUUUGGAGUGCUACAGUCAAGAUGUUGGAUCCUAUUCGCAGUUAUCGGAGUAUCAGUCUUUGGAAAUUGUUGCUCAGAACAAUACUUAUAGUAGCGCUACUGUGAUUAACGAUGGUCAUUUCAGCAAUGCUAAUGACAAGAACGAGAAAAGUGUUGCUAGUAAUUCAGAAUCCUGUUUACAGCCAAACAGCCCAGGUACACAUGUAAAUCCCCAUCUAGAAAAAGAGUUGACAAGUGCAGCAGAGAGGUCAAAUACAGAUUGUAAUGAUUCUGGUGUCACUUUUGACAGUCUUUCUAUUGAUACUAAUGGCAAGAACCAGCAGGUUGCUAACAAUUUAGAAUCCUGCAAAGACACAAAUCCCUGUCAAGAAAAUGAAUGUGGUGGUCCAACAGUGAAGACGAAGAGCUCUUCUACAGACCCAGAUUGCAGUUGUCCUGCUGUGACCAGUGAGAGUCUUUCUAUUGUUACCAGUGACAAUAAGAAAGAAAGUGUUGUAAGUCAUUUAGAUUCCUGCUUACAGCUAGACCGCUUAAGCACAGGCACAAAUCCCUGUCAAGAAAAGGAAUGGACAAGCCCACCUGAAAAGACAAACACUAAUGCAAGCUCUUCUACAGGCCCAGAAUGUAGUUUGUCUAAUGCUUUAGAAUCCUGCUUACAGCCAAACACCUUAAGCAAAGACAUGCACUCCUGUCUAGAAAAGGAAAAUACAGAUACAACCUCCUCUCUAUAUCAGCAACAGGCACCACAUGAAAGUCCAGUGGCCCUUAGUGGAUAUGUUGUUGACAAUGCAAGAGAGUCAUUUGAAGAGUUGGACACAUCUAAAGAACAGUCAGAGCUGGGUGUGCUGUAUGGUGAACCUCUGUCAAGAGAAGACUCCUCAUGUAACAGUGAUGAAGCAAAUCUUGACACAAGUCAAUGUGAAGAAACAUCUUUGGCCGGACCUGACAGUGACAGCAUGAACCAUUCAAAAAGUCAAGCACGUCCACUAAAAUCCUCUAUACAAAUGAAAAAACGUCUGCAGCCCGUUGUAAUAAUGGAGACCGCAGAGUCAGCAAAUGCAAUGAGUAACUCAUAUCAUUGCGCAAGUUGCCAACACACAACACUCAGUGUAGAACAUCUAAUUGAACACCACCAUUGUUGCCAUUCAGUGCACAAUUUCCAUUUCUGCAAGACUUGUAAUCUGUACCUGAUGAGUACUGAACAAGCAGAGGAGCAUGUGUGUGGUGUAGCCAAAGAAAGGCCUCAGCUUUCUUGGGAUCCUAGCUUACAGAAGAAAAGAAAACACCACGGCCGUCACAGGUGCGUGAGGUGUGGACUCAUAUUUUCAAAACUGGUUCAGUAUGUCAAGCAUAUGCGGAGUCACACUGGCAAAACACCCUAUAAGUGUAAUGCAUGUGGAUUAUAUUUUUCACAGAAUUGUUCCCUGCAUAGACACAAACGUAUUCCUGGUAGAUGCAAGCACUCAAAACUCACAAGUCCAGAAACAAAUGCUGAUGAUGGUAUCAGUGAAAAUAAAACGUCACCAAAAAAGGACUUGUUGCAGAAGAGACAGCAUGCAAAUCUGCCUGAAUGUUACGUUAAGCUUGUUGAUAUCUCCAAAACUAAUCUUUGUAGUUUUUGUGGUAAAAGCUUCCUAACUGCAAAGAAGGCCAAAAAGCACAUCUACAACAUACACAAGGGAAAGAGUUCAACAUUUUCAUCAAGUCAGUAUGCAACAAAAAUCAGUGGUGAGAAAACUGAAAAAGUAGAGAAUGAGCCAAGUAAAUAUAAAUGUCCUCUUUGUCCACGGCUUUUCAAGUACUCCUACAACAGGGCUCGACAUUUGCGUGACUGUGUCAGAGAUGCAAUAUAUGGAGGAAAGAAUAAAGUUGGCAAUAAAUAUCAGUGUCCCUUGUGCAACGCCACCUUCACAUUACCAUCAAACAGAUUUAGACAUAUUAAGACCUCUUGCCUCAAAGAAUGCCUUAAUCGGCUUGCAAAAGAAAAGGCAAAAUUAAGGAAAAAUGUUGGACAGAAAAAAACAGCGGAAAUUGAUCAGGAAAAUCAAGCAAAGGAGGUGGAGUUGAGAAAACAGUCAAAGGAAAAUGAACAGAAAAUACAAGAAUCCCCAUCUUUAACAGCACCGAAGACUAUACCACUUUACAAAUGCAAUCUUUGUCCAGCGGUUUUUUGUCAUGCUUCUGGAAAGUAUAGACAUAUGAAGAAACAUGAGUUGUUUAAACUCACUGGCAAAAUGUUCAAGUACAGGAAUUCAGUUUUCUCUACCAUGUCUAAGCUAACAACUUCAAGUAGUGCAAUGACAGAAGAGAGUAAGGAUAACUUGAAAUCCACUGAAGCAAAGAGCAAUCUUUCCCUGAGCUGUCAUUUUUGUGGAAAAUGUUUCAGCACUUCACAGUCACUGAAGAAACAUGAACGCAAUCACAGAGGUGAAAGACCAUACCGCUGCCUGGACUGUGGAAAAGGAUUUAAGAAACGUGCCCACCUGAUUGGCCAUAAAAUUGUUCACCAGAGGAGGAUACAGUGCACAGUUUGCAGAAAGGUUCUCCUAAAUAUUGGAGAACUCAUCCAGCACAGAAACUCGCAUCAAAAAAGAGGAAAGCUUCAAUGCCCAGACUGUCCUUUGCAGUUUCAGUAUCCUGCACAUCUCCUUAGACAUCUAGACGGCCACAAAAAGACAGAGAACAAGACACUUCAUUCUGAAGAGGGACCACCAUUAAAACAACAGCACUCAUUGGAGUCUGUGAAAGAGACUGAACCAAAACAGCUGCAGUGUUCCUUAUGCAAAGAAGUAUUUAAUAACGCCCAGUUGCUAAGAAGACAUUGUCUUACACACAUAUCCUCCUCAUGCCAGUGUCCAUUUUGCAAACAUAAUUUCACUACCCGCCGUUAUUUGCUGCGCCACAUGAUCAAACAUACUGGAGACAAACCUUUUUCCUGCACUUACUGUGGAAAACAGUUUUACCGUGAUUUGUACCUCAAACUUCACCACGAGAAGUGUUUGCCGAGGCAAGUCAGACAUCUUGUCACAGUGGAAUCAGACACUAAGACAAAGAGACCAUAUCAUUGUACUUACUGUUCACGGGCCUUUUCAAAGAAAGACCGCCUGAAAAGUCAUCACCGUGGCCAUAAGUCAAACACUCUGCUCCUUUGCUCAAGAUGUGGGCAGUACUAUGGAUUUAGGAAAUUAAAUCAACAUCAGCAGAACUGCGUAGGGGCAUUAGAGCCCAACGCUGUGUCAUCAUCCUCUAAAAGUGAUUUUAGUAAACGUACUUCACAGAAAACUCAGAAUGUCCAUAAAAUGCCUUCACAGUCUAAUGCAACCAAGAUGCUUCACUUUAAAUGCCCUCACUGUCCGCAGAGGUUCAGGUUCAGAUCAGUACUUUUGAGACAUAUUGUUUCACAUACUGGUGUUCAACCCUAUGCUUGUAUGCACUGUGGCCACAGAUAUAGCAGUCAGACAAUGUGUUUGCAGCAUGAAGCUUUCUGUAAUGGUGUUUACAAAGAGGGACAGUCAAAAGUCAAAAAUGAUGCUGCAACAGAAUUGUCAAGCAUGCCCAAUCUCAGAGAGGCAGCACAGAAGCCCCAAGCAGAGGGUGAAGUUGAGUACAAGUGCAAAUUCUGCACUAAGACUUUCAUGAAAUCACGAUCCCUGAGACGUCACAUUUUGACACAUAAUGAGGCAAAGCCAUACCGUUGUAAAUCUUGUGACUGCUGCUUUACAAGGUACGAUUAUCUUAAAGUACAUCAGACCCGUUGUAAAGGGAAAAGAUCACGAUUGGAAGUUUGUAUACCUAAAAUCAGUUUGGAUGAUGUUGGCAAAGGUUGGCAAAAUAAGUUUGGCAGUGAGCCUGUCGACCAGCAGGAGACUUUUGAGUGUAAUGUCUGUUCAAGGAACUUUUCCACUCAGUCUAAACUGUCUCGACAUGUCACGAUGUUCCAUGUUGCAAAAUUAUUCAAGUGCUCACGUUGUGGCUCAUCUUUUUCUCAUGAAAAAUCUCUGAAAAAGCAUAGGAAGAUUAACAGGUGCAGAAAGGUCUCCACAGAAAGUAAUUCUUCUCUACCACAAGAAACAAAUCCACCAUCAGAAAAUGUGAAGACACUGCCUCAUGGGGUGAGAGAUAGAGUUCUACAGAGGGCCCAGCCUCGCUUUAACAAAAAGUACAAAUAUGUUUGUAGUUAUUGCCCCCGUGCUUUUGGAAGCCAUUCGCAAUUAGGUGUGCACAUCCGCCUGCACACAGGAGAGAAGCCAUAUGCCUGUGAUUAUUGUGGUGAGAGAUUUAUAAGGAAGGAUUAUGUGCAGCGUCAUUUUGUGAAGUGCACCAAGAAACAAGAGCAAAAGAAAGUGCUUUGUGACAGAUGUGGUGGAUUUUUCUCUAAAGUCAAGCUUGAAAAUCACAAAAAAAGUUGCACUUUAAAACCUAACUCGGCCAAAUCAACAGUUUGCCAACAGACGACAUCUCAAAGCCCACCAAAGGGCUUUUCUUGUGCAUACUGUAGUUCCCGUUUUUUGCUAUUUUCACAGCUCCAAGAGCAUUUUUUAAAUGCACACAAACUUGAAACAAUGGUUCCACCAGUGUCUACAGCUCCUCUACAAUACCAUCUUUCAAAUAUACCAAGCAUUAAAGAAGAGCCUUUGGAUGAGAGAUGUGAUGAACGGCUUAGUGAUGGCGCCAAUGUAAUCUGCAAACUAGAUACAGCCCUUGAUAGUGAGGUUUCCAAACCAUUUGUCUGUCCAGAGUGCAAUGUGUCCUUUGCAAGUAAAGCUGGACUAAUUGGUCAUCUGCGUGUACAUGCAAUGGAUCACCCUUUCAAAUGUAAAACAUGCAAGAAAGGCUUUUGGAAUAAAAGCCUUCUCCGUAAUCACAACAGGAAAUGUAGAUUUGGACAUUUCUCAGCAGGGAGUACCCCCCAGCAGUUGGAAGUCCCUUUGAAAGCAGAGAUUGAUUUUGCACUGACUGACUCUGUUCUAGUGUUCAGCGAAGGUUCAAAAACAACAGGCACUGGGGUUUUACAGACCAACUUCUCUUGCAAAGAUGAUUCGAUGGACGAAUCCUCACAAAGUUCAGACGGAAAUCAGGUGCAAAGCAACUCAAGUAGGGAGAAGUACCAAUGCUCAGAAUGUGAUAUGAGCUUCACAGAUGGCUUGAUGCUUAUUAGUCACCUUGAAGACCAUGGAAGAAGAGAGCAAGAGAAAAAGCGCAAUACAUGUAGUAAGUGUGGGCGAGUGUGCUCCAGUCAAGGAAAUCUUGAAAAGCACAUGAAGUUGCAUGGUAUUAAUAAGAAAUACUCUUGCCCUGACUGCUCUAAGAUGGUUUACACCGUAACUGAUCUUGAAAUCCACAGAACCUGUCAUGACCCAAAUAGACCCUAUUCUUGUAAACUGUGUAAUCAUAGGUUCUGGACAAGACAGUCUUUAUGCAAUCAUUACAGUGAAGAACAUCCAAAUGAUGUAUUUACUUGUCGUUUCUGUAACAAGACCUACUCAGUCAAAAAAUCCCUUGCAAGACACUACAGAAAAUGGCAUCAAAAAGAGCAGAAGGAUCUUGAGAGUACUGUACAGGAAAAGGGCAGCACUGAACAACAGUCCAGCAGUCAAGUCAGUACAGCUGGAGAAAGUGAUGAGGAUGAAAAUAAUAGAAGUAAUGAUAGCGAUUCAGACUCUGCACCAUACUUCCCAUGCCAUGUGUGUGGCAAGACAUUCCCAACAUCAGAAAGCCUUGAGGAUCAUCAGCGAUGUCACUUGGGUGAAAAACCACAUGAAUGUGCAGAAUGUGGUAAAUGUUUUUUCCAGGCCUCCCAGUUGCAGCAGCAUCAGCGAAUGCACAAGUCAGAAUUUCAGUGUCAGACUUGUGGAAGGGGUUUUGUCUCUCUCUUUGCAUUGCGCAAGCAUAAACACACUCAUGGCAAGAGCCGUCCUUAUCGUUGUUCCAAGUGUCACCUCAGCUUCACAGGACUCUCACAGUUAGCAGAACACAUGUCUACCCACCGUGAAGAGAACUUUCCAUGUGACAUAUGCAAUCACGUGUUUCCCUCCAAGAGUAGUAGAGCUGAGCAUCGGAAAAGCCACUCUGUGUCACGUGACCGUGUCCCUACUUUAAUUUCAACAGGAGAACAGUCUGCUUCACUCUUUGAAAGUUCAUCACUAUUCACCAAAGAACUUAAAUAUCGCUGUGGUGUUUGUAGUGAGCGUUUCAAAGACCCAGAAGAGCUCUCAGAGCAUGGGUGCAUGGCAGCCAAAGAGCGACCAUACUCCUGUUCAGACUGCCAUAAAUAUUUCCUGCAUUCAUCUCACCUGAAAAAACACAGGACCACCCAUCAGCUAUCAUCAUCUACCAGCGAAUAUCCAUGUAAUCAAUGCAACAGUAGUUUUUCCUCUCCUCACCACUUCCUCAGCCAUCUUAAGAGCCAUAAUAGUGCUACUGCUGCAGAAGUUAAAGGUAACACCGAAGUUAAAGAUGAAGGAUCUUCACAUGGUUUCAUAUGUCCUGUUUGCCACCAGUGUUUCCUCAGUGCCGUUGAACUGAUGCAUCAUUUCCCCAUACAUCCUGACAAUGCAUUGAAAUGCAAAAUCUGUAAAAUGAUAUUUUCCUCUGCAAGCAAGCUUGAAGAACAUGAGCGCUGCCAUCUGACAUCAGGUACUGAAUUAGAAUGCGCCAAGUGUGGCCAGAGCUUUUUGGGAAGUGAAGCUUUCCUCCAGCACCACUGCUCCCGUCAACAGCAUGCCAUAAUGGAGACUGGAUAUUCAAAGCCAUCAAUCAAGACACCCUCUCCAACUUGUUACCAAGCUGCAGGAGAAGAGGAAGAAAUUGAUGUCAUUGGAGAGGACUUGUACAAUUGCCCUGUUUGCUCAAUGCAAUUCUCCUCAAAAAGUGGCCUGUUGGAGCAUCAAAAUAAACGCCACCCCCAUGGAAAGCCAUUCAAAUGUGAGCUUUGUGGAAAAACAUUUGCCGUGAGGCGAUAUCUUAGAGAGCAUGAGCGAAGACACCGGCAAAAACUGGCUGCUGAAAACACAGCCAACUUGGCCGAAAACAAGUUCAACAAGUGCACCCAGUGCCUCUCUGCGUUCAACACUGCUCAAGAGCUUUCUUUGCAUAUGAGAAUGCAUGCUGAGCAAGAAGUUGGAGAGUACCGUUGUGAUAUGUGCUACAAGUCAUUCAGCAAGUGGUCUCUUCUGAAGCAGCAUCAAGAAAGUCAUGUUGGCCAAGUUGUAUAUGAAUGCACAGAAUGUGACAAAGCCUUUGCUUUUCCUCACCUACUGGAGGAGCAUCAGUUGACUCAUGCUGGGUCCUCUCACUAACGGUUGUUACCUACCAUCUACCUUAUGUUCCCUUUUUUGUUACUAAAGUAACUUGAAAUCCCUUUCAUGCCUCACAUCUGACUGCGUACUUCCACCUGUAAUCACAAUUUAGAUCCAAUUUGUAUUUUUGGCCCUUGUUACAGAAUUACAAAGCUCUUUGCUCAUGUCGUGACAAAGCAUAUUCUCCCGCGUUUCUAUUGAGAUUGUAUAUAUUGUUAGCUCUAGUAAUGGAAUUUGUAUACAAAUAAUUAGCCACAUAGUUUCUUGAUGGUGUUUAAAUGUAUGACCUCAUACAAAAUUGUUUAAAGCUGUUUAAUAUUCUAUGUGAUGAAUACAGACAAAGCAUGAUGGGAUAAGGUCUUUAUAAAAUACCUUGAAUAAAGGUUCGAAUAUUUGAUCAAACAUGAUCAUUGAUCAUAUUUUGGAAUAGUUUUUAGUCAGCUUUGUUGGCAAUAUGUAAAAUAGACUUCAAACUGGUAAUCUUAAAAUCUUUUUUUCUAUAUUUUACUGUAGAUAAUUUUGUAAUUUUCGGUUAAUAAUUUUUGUGUUUAUUAUGGGUUGCAUUUUUUGAUAUUGAUAAGUAUCUUGUCUGAACAUUUGAAAAAUGUUCUAACUGAAUAUUCUUUUCACAAUAAGAUGUUAAGUUUUCUUAAGAAAGUUGUGUUGAUGCAUUCGA